GUGUUUACAGCUAGCUCGGCUAAAGGCGGUUGGUCGCCUUUUGUUGACGUUGUACUUUUGACAUUGGCAUGGAGCGUGAUAGAAGGGUAACGUUAGCAAGAUAGAUGUUUUAAUCCUAAACCUAGGCUUUCUCUAUUUCAUUGUGGCGGAAUAUUCGCUGUAGUUAUGUCUCUCUCCCAGCUUUCAAGAUCCCUGACUGGACUCUUCGUAAAGACAUCGUCUGUAACUCACCAGAGGACUUUUAGUGUAACUGCUGUUGCAGCAGCUGUUAUGAAAAUGACCAGAGUGCGCGUGGUGGACAACAGCCCUCUUGGAACUACACCAUAUCACCGUGCACCAAGAGUGAUCCACGUCUAUACCAAGAAUGGCAUUGGAAAAGUUGGCGACAGAGUGUUGCUUGCCAUCAAAGGACAGAAGAAGAAGGCGCUGAUCGUCGGGCACAAAAUGCCUGGAGAUCGGAUGACUCCACGCUUUGAUUCAAACAAUGUUGUUCUGAUCGAGGACAAUGGGAACCCUACAGGAACAAGGAUUAAGGUCCCUAUACCCACGCAUCUGCGCAAAAUGGAUGGAGACUACUCUAAAGUCCUAGCGAUUGCUAGCUCGUUUGUUUAAUGGCAGCAUCAUUCACACUGUACAUUUCACAUCUGAGGGGGUCAUUACAUCUUUUGUGUAUGUUCUUGUCUUUAAUAAACUUUAAAAGGAGUGCACACCCUUUUGCUAUUCAGUA